UGUUCACCGGGGGUAAAAGAGGGGGAGGCAGAGACCGACGAGUUAAGAAAACCCAAAUAAAGCCAAUAUUUCUGCUCCACCAAUCUCUCUCCUUUCUCUCUCCUCUUCCACGCUUUCUCUCUCCUCUUCUCUCUCUCCGGUCGAUCUCCGUCUCCAUCUAAAUUCUCCAUAAGCAACAAAGUUUUUUCAAUCUUCUGAAUUGCCUUUACUACGAAAAACAGGAAAAAAAUCGUCUUUUUUUUGGUGGGGUUCUUUGGAAUUUGCAUUAUUACAAGAGUAUUACAAGAGUUUUGAGGAUUAAGCAAGAGAUUUUGUCACCUAUUGGCGCGAAGAUUGAGUACAGCGCCUUUUUGGUGAUUGUAUUUUGGUUGUAGAUUGCUUGAGCAUUUAAUGGUAAAUUCAAGGUAAAUAAGGGUUUGUUUAUAUUUGGUGCCUUUCCGAUGUUCGGACUCCACGUGUUUGAUACUGGAAUAAAACGCAAGUUGAAUAUUUUCAGCUAGCAGGGGUUAGAAAUAAGGUUUGGGAAGUUAAUUUUUGUGGAUACUUUAGGGAUUUGAGAUAAUCUUGGGGUUUUAGCUUGAUACUUUCCAAUGCGAUUUCAUUGGAGGAGUAUUUAUGACUUCCGGCAAGCCAUUGCUGUCAUCAUUUGAGCCUUCUUCUGCACCAAGCCCUCACCAUAAUAACUCAUCAUUGGGGAUCUGCUCGUUGGGAUGUCUCCCCCAGAAUGCAUCAGCUUCUGCUGAUUUGGAUGAGUCACCAGGGACCAAAUUAUGUGACUUGAAGGAGGAGGUGGACAGAGGUAAUCAACCACUAGAAGAUACAUCAGGUGUAAAGAAUUCUAGGCUACAUUCUUCUUCACUUGUGAGCGGAAAUGGGACAGCUGAACUACAGUCAUUUUCAUCAAAAUACCCCCCUUCACGGGAGAGGAAACGCCUUGUAUCAUGGGGUGGUACUGCAGACCAUCCGCUUGAGCAAACGACCUUUGAAAUAUCCAGUGAUUCUUCUAGGGUGACGUCAUCUGGAGCAGCGUCCACUCGGACGUCAUCCCAAAGACAUCUUGAUGAGUCAAGGGCUUCAUCCCGUGGCCAGGAUAAGCUAAACAAAUCCCAGAGGCAUCUUCAAAAAAGUAUGCAGCUGGAGAAUGACUUGUUACACGGAAGUAACGCUAGGUUGAUUCAUGUUAAUGAUCCAAAAAAGACCAAUGAUCAAUUUGAGUUCACUGGAAAUGAGAUCCGUACUAGCAAAUAUACAAUAAUAAAUUUCUUGCCUAAAAAUCUCUUCAUUCAGUUCCACCGGGUUGCUUAUUUAUAUUUUUUAGCAAUUGCUGCUCUGAAUCAGCUUCCACCUCUUGCAGUUUUUGGUAGAACUGUAUCUCUAUUUCCUCUUCUUUUUGUGCUUUCUGUGACAGCUAUAAAAGAUGGUUAUGAGGAUUGGCGAAGACACAGGUCAGACAGGAAUGAGAAUAAUCGGGAGGCUCUAGUACUUCAAUUCGGCAAGUUUGAGUUGAAAAGAUGGAAGAAUAUUAGGGUUGGUGAGGUUGUGAAAAUCCUUGCUGAUGAGACAAUUCCUUGUGAUAUGGUGUUGUUAGGAACAAGUGAUCCUAGUGGGAUUGCUUAUAUCCAGACAAUGAAUCUAGAUGGUGAAUCAAACUUGAAGACAAGGUAUGCUAGGCAAGAAACAACUUCAUUAGUGAGUGAAGUGGAGACACUUUCGGGAGUUAUCAGAUGUGAACAGCCUAACAGGAAUAUCUACGAGUUCACAGCCAACAUGGAGUUAAACAGGCAUAAGUUUCCACUCAGCCAAUCAAAUAUUAUCUUACGUGGUUGCCAGCUGAAGAACACAGAAUGGGCAAUGGGAGUGGCAGUUUAUGCUGGUCAAGAGACCAAGGCUAUGCUAAACAGUGCGGCAUCUCCUUCCAAAAGAAGCAGGCUGGAGACCUACAUGAAUCGGGAAACACUUUGGUUGUCUGUUUUUCUUUUCGUCAUGUGCUUGGCAGUAGCAUCCGGGAUGUGUGUAUGGCUGAAAGAACAUGAGAAGCAGCUUGAUACCCUGCCUUAUUACCGGAAAGUUUACUCUGAAAAAGGAACACAUCCUGGUAAACGGUAUAGAUAUUAUGGGAUUCCUAUGGAAACAUUUUUCUCUUUUUUGAGUUCCGUCAUAGUUUUCCAGAUAAUGAUACCCAUAUCUCUUUACAUCACGAUGGAGUUGGUUCGCUUGGGACAGUCGUAUUUUAUGAUUGGAGACAGGCACAUGUAUGACGAUAACAGUAAUUCAAGGUUUCAGUGCAGAUCCUUGAAUAUCAAUGAGGAUUUGGGUCAGAUACGUUAUAUUUUUUCAGAUAAAACAGGAACACUUACUGAAAAUAAGAUGGAAUUUAAACGAGCAAGUGUGUGGGGAAAAAAUUAUGGGAGAGCCCUUUCUGCUGCAGGUGCAUCAUUAGACCUGGAUUUUGGAGAACCAACAGCUGUGCCUUCAAGUCGAAGAAAAUUGAGGCUUAACUCAGAAAUUCCAACUGAUUCUGAACUUAUGGAACUGUUACAUAUUGAGCUAGCCGGGGAAGAGAGGAUUGCUGCACAUGAGUUCUUUAUGACAUUGGCAGCAUGUAAUACCGUGAUUCCUAUUCUUACCCAUAGUUCAUCUUUGGAUGAAGUGCAUGACACUGUUGGCACCAUUGCGUAUCAAGGUGAAUCUCCUGACGAACAAGCACUAGUUGCUGCUGCUUCUGCAUAUGGAUAUACACUUUGUGAGCGGACAUCUGGUCAUAUUGUGAUCGAUGUCAAUGGUGAGAAACUAAGGUUGGAUGUCUUGGGACUGCAUGAGUUUGACAGUGUACGCAAAAGAAUGUCUGUGGUUAUCAGAUUCCCAAGUGGUGCUGUAAAAGUUUUGGUCAAAGGGGCUGAUACUACGAUGUUUAGCAUUUUAAGGAAAGAACACAAAAGCCACCACGACAUACAAAAUGUCACUCUUAGCCAUUUGAAUGAGUACUCAUCUGAAGGUUUGCGGACCCUGGUUGUUGCUGCAAGGGAUCUUACGGGAGAAGAACUGGAUGAGUGGCAAUUCAUGUAUGAGGAAGCUAGCACAUCUUUGACUGACAGAUCAGCAAAAUUGCGCCAAACAGCAUCUCUUAUAGAAUGCAACUUAACUCUACUAGGGGCCAGUGCAAUUGAGGACAAACUACAAGAGGGUGUACCAGAAGCUAUUGAGUCUCUGCGUCAAGCAGGAAUGAAGGUUUGGGUUCUUACUGGAGAUAAGCAAGAAACCGCAAUUUCAAUUGGUAUGUCUUGCAAACUCUUGACCUCAGACAUGCAGCGGAUCAUCAUUAAUGGCACUUCAGAAAAUGAAUGCAAGAGGUUAUUGUUUGAUGCUAAAAUCAAAUAUGGUAUAAACUCUGCAAGUUGUUGUAAUCAAAUCUCAACAUUCCAGAGGGAUGCAGAAAAUGGUUAUCUCGAAGCUUCUGCUAGUAUGCAGUCAAGUAAUUUGCCAGAGCCGCAUGCAGGAGAGGAAGGAGUUUCUGAUGGACCUUUGGCACUCAUAAUUGAUGGGAAUAGUCUGGUAUACAUCUUAGAGAAAGAUCUCGAGACCGAGCUAUUCGACCUUGCAACCUCAUGUAGGGCUGUGAUUUGCUGUCGUGUUGCUCCCUUGCAGAAGGCUGGAAUUGUUGACCUAAUAAAGAGCCGCACAGAUGAUAUGACACUAGCCAUAGGUGAUGGGGCUAAUGACGUUUCAAUGAUCCAAAUGGCGGAUGUUGGUGUUGGAUUAUGUGGUCAAGAAGGGCGGCAAGCAGUGAUGGCAUCAGAUUUUGCUAUGGGACAGUUUCGGUUUCUGAAAAGAUUGCUCCUUGUGCAUGGACAUUGGAAUUACCAGCGAGUUGGUUAUUUGGUUCUUUACAACUUCUACAGAAAUGCUGUUUUCGUUUUCAUGCUUUUCUGGUACAUAUUGUAUGCAGCCUUUUCUACAACAUCUGCGCUGACAGAUUGGAGUAGUGUGUUUUAUUCUCUCAUCUAUACUUCCAUACCUACUUUAGUUGUUGGUAUUCUGGACAAGGACUUAAGUCAUAAGACACUACUGAAGUAUCCAAAACUCUAUGCUGCUGGCUAUAGACAGGAGAGUUACAACAUGAAACUCUUCUGGGUCACAAUGCUUGAUACAGUGUGGCAGAGUCUUGUACUCUUUUAUGUACCAUUGUUCAUCUAUGAUCAGAGUGAUAUUGACAUAUGGAGUAUGGGUAGCUUAUGGACAAUCGCUGUUGUGAUCCUUGUAAACAUGCACUUGGCAAUGGACGUACAGCGGUGGUUAAUAUUUACUCAUAUGGCAAUAUGGGGGUCAAUUGUUAUCACAUAUGGCUGCUUGGUGGUGCUGGACUUAAUACCUGUCUUCCCCAAUUAUAAUACAAUCUUUCAAUUGGCAAAAUCUCCUACUUACUGGCUCUCAAUUUUGCUUAUUAUAGUUUUGGCUUUGCUUCCUCGCUUUAUUGUCAAAGUUAUAAACCAAAGUUUCCGCCCUUCAGACAUCCAGAUAGCUAGAGAAGCAGAGAUCCUGAAGAAAAACCACAGCUAUAUUAUGUCUAGGCCAGAUCAUGAUACAAGCUAGUGCCUCCUGUUUAUGUUUUCAAUCACCCUAUUUUGGUGUAGCUCCUUGAGUUUCCCUAUACUUGGCUUCCUAUGGCAUGCAGAGUUAGAAGUAGGUAGCUGAGCUACCCCAACUCAAUGUCAGCAGGUGAAAUUGGCGACAAUGUGAAAGGGAAAUGGAGUCACCAUGUAAAUGAAAGAAAGGAAAACAAGGGUUAACUCAGAGCUAAGUUUGUCGAGAGUUUGAAGCACAGCUGAAGAAACAAUCUGGUUUAGAGCGACGGAACACAUGAAGGUUUUUGAAUGGAUUUUGUUAUUUGUUGUUGAUAACACUGUUGGGCUUGUUUUACAAGAAGUGAAAAUGAUAGGCUCUGCUUGUUAGGUAUUCAGCAUAAUUCCCACAUAAAGAAAGAGAAUUGAGGAGAGAAAUACAAGUGUAUCAUAGUUUACCUGUAAAGAUUGAGGUUUCUUAUCCUUACUCUUGUAACAAAUUAAAGGAAACUGUUCUUGAUUUAUGAACUUAUCUGUGAUUUUGUAAAUCUGUUAACAUGUGAAAUAAUUGUUUUUUUAACAUGUUGAGCAGGGGCGGUUUAACGGAAUCUUACGAUCUAAAGUUAAAUUCCGGUAAGAAGCCUACGAAAUUCAUGUAUACUUAUAUUUAUGAUUCAUUCUUCUA